AUGGAAGAACAAACACCUCGUGACAAGCAAACACCUCGAGACUUCUUGAGAGAAUUUAUUGAGCUAUAUCAAAGUUUUCCUUGCUUGUGGCUUGUUAAAAGCAAAGAAUACUCGGACAGAAAUAAAAAAAGCCUUGCUUAUGAAGAGAUGGUUAAAAAGUACAAAGAGUUUGAUUCUUUAGCAGACAGAAACACUGUUGUGAAAAAAAUUAAUGCGUUGCGUACGGUUUAUAAGAAAGAACUAUCAAAAAUUAAUAAUUCGUUAAAAUCUGGGGCUGGAGCGGAUGAAAUCUAUAAACCUAGUUUGUGGUAUUUCGACCUUCUGCAUAUUUUGAACGACCAGGACUCUGUAAGAUCUACUAGGAACACAAUGGAUGACGAGGACGAAGAAACACAACAAUAUAUUUGUUCAAAUGAAUUGUCUGUAAUCUAG